CCAUUGCUUCCCCCAUUUCAGGGCACUGAAAUACCACGUUAGAGUUCUAGCCCAAUCAAUGUAAAAUGGCCUCCUCAUGAUUCACAAUAGUUUCAUUUUUUAUUUUAGUUAUUUUUAUUUUGCAUUAUCAUGACAGAUGAGAAUAUGAGAGUAAAACUGAGACAUCCCUUCUACGUAAAGCGAUCCUAACACUAUGAAUAAUGAAGGGCUGCACAGCCUGUAAGAUAAGUUCGCCCAGCAAGUCUCCUUUUUCACUGGGCUUUCUCUUCUGGUCACAUGGCUCAUGCAAGUGUAGUAAUUUUUCAUGAGCUUGCAGUGACUGCUGCAGCCGCAGGUGGAGAGCUUAGGAGACAGUUAGCCCUGGCUAUCCCGACUUGCUCUGGUUCACCAGGGCCAUACCCAGAGGCCCAUGCGCGCCCGUUUACCCACUCUUGGUGCUUGGCAGCCAUGGUGUCACAGGUCAAAUGAAUUGUCUUACACUUAGAAAAGCAGGAAUUGGUUACGAAACUGAGGCCAAGGAAGUAAAUGAAUAAAAGAUGGCCCAGAAAAAGAAAAAAACAGCGAGAACCGAGGAAACUGAGGAGGCGGAUGAUGACGUUGAGGAGAAGGUGCUGAAGGAAAAGGGCAAGUCGGCUGCAAACGGAGAAGUCGCUGAGGAGAAGAGGAAGAAGAAGUCCAAAAGCUCAGAGCAGCCAGAUACUGAGAUCCCGGAAUCUGGUGAGAAAAAGAGCAGGAGAAAAAGAGAAACCAACGGAAAAGUAAAGGACAAAAAAAAGAAGGAACAACAAGAAGAACAAGAGGUAGAGGACCAAGGAGAGGACAAUGAUGUGAUUGAACAUGCAGCAGAGGACCAAGAAGAACAGAAUAACAAUGACACCAAAGCCAAGAACAAGAAAAAGAAAGCAGAGAAGCUUCCCGAGGAAGAAGAGGUGACUGGACUUAUCAAAGAAGACAAGAAGAAGAAAAAAAAGAAGAAGCCAUCAACUAGUGAAGACCAAGGAGAGGACAUGGGCUCUAAAGACAAGAAGUCCAAGGAUGGCAAGAAGCAUAAGAAGAAGCCUACUGAUGAGGAGGAACUUAUCCCAGAGGAACAGGAAGAGGAGGAUGACUCAAAGAAGAAGAAGAAGGCCAAGAAGUCCAAGAGAGGGUCAGCGGGUAGCGAUGAGGACAAGAAGAAGGGCAAAGGCAAGAAGACUAAAUCCAAACAGGUUAACUAUGCGGAAAUCUAUGAGAAUGAACUGUUGAACUACCACACUGAUUCUUCAGAUGGAUAUGAGGACGAGUACCACAAGAAAAAAGUGUAUGAGGUGGUGACCAUCACUGGCGAUGUGAGAGGGGCAGGGACAGAUGCUAAUGUUUUUGUCACUCUGUUUGGAGAAUAUGGCACCACUCCCAAGGUGCACCUGGCCAGCAACACAGAAAAGAGAAGCAGAACGGCGUUUGAGAAAAACAAAACCGACGUGUUCCGAAUCAAAACGCACAAUGUGGGACCCAUUAAAAAGCUGAGGAUUGAGCACGACAACACAGGCAUGAGCGCCAGCUGGUUCCUGGACCGGGUUGUGGUGACUGACAUGAACAGGCCCCACCUCCGCUUCUACUUCCCCUGCAACAACUGGCUGAGCAAAGAGGAGGGUGACGGGCUGUAUGUGCGCGACCUCCUGGGGAGCCUCAACCCCAUGGAUGUCCCCAAAUUCAACAAGUACUGUGUGAGCGUAUUCACUGCUGAUGUGAAGGGCAGUGGGACCGACGCAGAUGUCUUCCUCAAUAUCUUUGGGGAGAAUGGAGACACAGGUGAGAGAAGGCUAGACAAUGACAAGGACAACUUUGAGCGGGGCACAGAGGACAAGUUUAUCAUGGAGGCCCCAAACCUAGGGAGGCUGAGGAAAAUAACCAUUGGCCACAAUAACAAGGGCUCAUCUGCGGGGUGGUGCCUGGAUAAGGUGGUGGUUGAUGACAUGGGAAACAAGGAGGUGUAUGAGUUCCCAGUUAACCGCUGGUUCGCCAUGGAUGAGGACGACGGGAAGAUCCAAAGGGAUGUGCUAGUAGGGGGUAGUCAGCCCACAGGCAUUGUGUACAAUAUCCAGGUGAUGACAGGGGACGUCAGGGGCGCUGGCACCAACUCCAAGAUCCACAUCAUCAUGCACGGCACCAAGGGGCUGAAGAACAGCGGGAAGGUGUUCCUGGAGGGGGGCCAGUUCGAGCGGGGGCUCAUCGACAUCUUCAACGUGGAGAUCGCCGCCCUGAUCAGCCCCCUCAGCCGCGUCACCAUCGGCCACGACAACUGCGGAGUGAGCGCCGGCUGGUACUGCGAGAAGGUGAUAGUGUACUGCCCCUUCACGGGCAUAGAGCAGACGUUCCCCUGCGGGAAGUGGCUGGACGAGGACGAGGGGGACGGACUGAUUGAGAGGGAGCUGUACGAGAUGGUCUCGCUCAGGCAGAAGAAGCAGAAGAAACAUCCUUGGUCUUUGUGGAUCUGGACUUCUGAUGUGAAGGGGGCUGGAACCGACGCUCAGGUCUUCCUGCAGAUUUAUGGGGACAAGGGCAAGUCUGAUGAGAUGAGGCUGGAAAACAACUCAGACAGCUUUGAGCAGGGUCAGCUAGAUAAGUUCAUGAUUGAGAUGCCUGAUCUGGGGAAGAUAAUGAAGCUCCGUGUUUGGCAUGAAAAGAGGCACCCAUUCGCUGGCUGGCAUUUAGACAGGGUCUCAAUAAUGAAGACACUGACGAAGGAGAAGUACUCAUUCAGCUGUGGGCGCUGGUUGGAUAUUAACGAAGAUGACAACGAGAUUGUUAGAGAGCUUCCCGCUACAGGAGAUCUUAUUCCUGAACCCCUGCCAUUGAUAAAGUACCGCAUCACCAUAUGCACGGGGAACGUCAGUGGCAGUGGGACAGAUGCCAGCGUCUUCCUCUGUCUGAUCGGAGACCUGGGGGACACCGGGGAGCGCCUCAUGUUCACCAGCAAGAACAAUGUCAACAAGUUUGAGAAGGGGAACGCAGAUGAGUUCCUGAUCGAGGCUGUGACACUGGGGCAGAUGCGCAGGGUGCGGAUUGGGCACGACGGACGGGGCGGGGGCUGCGGCUGGUUCCUGGACAAGGUGGUGGUCAGAGAAGAGGGCCAGCCUGAGUCUCAGGCGGUGGAGUUCCCCUGCUACCGGUGGCUUGACCAAAAUGAGGAUGAUGGCCAGAUUGUUCGGGAGUUGGUGCCAUCAGGGGAUGGGCAGCGUCUUCAUAACAUCAGUUACCACAUCUCGGUGAAGACUGGCAAUAUCAGUGGGGCUAGCUCCGACUCCAAGGUCUUUGUUAAACUGUAUGGGGAGAAGGGUGACACCAGCAAGAUGAUGCUGGUGGUCUCCGACAAUGACCUGCGCAACUAUUUUGAGACUGGCCGGGUCGACGUUUUCACUAUCGAAACAUUUGAUAUCGGAAAAAUCAACCGUCUCUUGAUUGGACACAACAACGAGGGCUUGCGGGCUGGCUGGUUCUUGGACAGUGUUCAGAUCACGGUUCCGGUCCAUGGGCUGCAGUACAUGUUCCCCAGCCACCGCUGGCUGUGUAAAGACGAGGCGGACGGGAAGGUGGAGGUGGAGAUCUACCCCAGCGAGAUUCUCGAAAUUGAAAAAUUGGUUAAUUAUGAGAUAACAGUGAUCACUGGGGACGUCCGGGCUGCUGGCACAAAUGCCAACGUCUUCAUUCAGAUCUAUGGAGAGGAAGGAAAAACAGAGCUCAUCACUUUGAAGAGCAGGUCUAACAACUUUGAAAGAGGAACCACUGAGAUAUUUAAGAUUGAAGCUUUGAAUGUUGGCAAGAUUGUGAAGGUCCGGAUAGGUCACGAUGGGUCGGGCAUCGGCGAUGGCUGGUUCUUGGGAAAGGUGGACAUCAAGCGUGUGACCGUGGCCAUGGUGCAGAAGGAGGCCAAGAAGGAGGAGAAGAAGGACAAGAAGAAGAAGAAAAAGAAGAAGGAAGAAGAAGAGGAGGAAGAAGUUGUGAUGGAGCUGCAGGAAGUGGUGGAAACCUACAACUUCCCAUGCGAGCGAUGGUUGGCCCGGGAUGAGGAGGAUGGAGAGCUGGUGGUGGAGCUGCUCCCUGAAGAUGGAGGAGACUUGGAAGACAACACGUAUGAAGUCCACGUUUUCACGGGAACCAUGUGGGGAGCUGGCACCGAUGCCAAUGUUUUCAUCAACAUUUACGGGGAAGUUGGUGACACAGGAGAGCGGCGCCUGAAGAAGUCCAAUCACCUCAAUAAAUUUGAGAAAGGCCAGGAAGACAUCUUCUCCAUCUCCGCUAUCGAUCUGGGGCCGCUGAAGAAACUGCGGAUUCGUCAUGACAACACGCAGGCACACUCCGCCUGGUUCCUUGACCGAGUGGAAAUUGUGGACUGCAAGGACGAUACCAUGUACUACUUCCCCUGUAAGCGUUGGCUGGCCAUUGAUGAGGAUGAUGGACAGAUUGCCAGAGAGCUGGUGCCAGUAGAUGAAGCAUUCAUGAAGAAGGGUGAUGACGAUGAAGAAGAUUCCGGGGCCACGCUGGGACUGGAGCAGAAAUCCAUGUCAACAACAUAUACCCUAAGAAUCAAGACUGGGGAAAAGAAAUACGCUGGUACAGAUGCCAAUGUCUUUGCUAUCUUGUAUGGUUUAAAGGAUGAUACAGGGAUAAUAAAUCUCAAGGCUUCUAAGACCCACAAGAACAAGUUUGAGCAGGGGAUGAUCGAUGUGUUCACAGUGGAGGCUGUGGAUAUUGGUGUUCUAAAGAGGCUGCGCAUUGGCCAUGAUAACUCAGGGGGCUCAGCGGGCUGGUUUCUGGACUGGGUGGAAAUCGACGCCCCCUCCGUGGGUCAGAAGCUGCGCUUCCCCUGCGGUCGCUGGCUGGACAAGUCAGAGGACGACGGCGCAAUCGUGAGGGACCUGUAUCCCGCCGAGCUGCAGACGGAAGUGUACAUCCCAUUUGUGCCUUACGAGAUUAAAACGUUUACGAGUGACAUCUUUGGGGCGGGGACCGACGCGGACGUGUUCAUCGCUCUGUACGGCCGAGAUGCUGUGUGCACCCAGCAGAAGUCUCUGUGCGUCAACAAGAGGGAGAGGCUCAUGUACUUUGAGAGGGGUGCUGAAGACAUGUUUAUUGUGGAGCUGGAGGACGUGGGUGAUGUCAUUGAGAAGAUCCGAAUUGGGCAUGACAACCGAGGCGUGAAUCCUGGGUGGCACCUGGACAGGGUUGAGAUCAGAAGACUUCUGAGGAAAGGAAAGGGUUCAGAGACCGUCAUCUUCCCCUGUGAACGCUGGCUGGCCAAGUCAGAGGACGAUGGGGAGACGGUGAGAGAGCUGGUGCCUUCUGACAUCAUUCAGGAGAAACUGCUGAGAGAUGGCACACUGAAGCUCACCGAGACCGAGGUGGAAGAUGCCCUGGAGACGCAUACCUACAAGGUGUCUGUGAUGACUGGGGAUGUGUAUGGGGCGGGCACCGAUGCCACUGUGUACCUCACCAUCUACGGAAACCUGGGCGACACCGGGGAACGCAAGCUCAGCAAGUCCGAGACCAACAGCAACAAGUUUGAGAGGGGAUCGGUGGACAAGUUCACCAUCGAAGCGGUGGACCUGGGCCAGGUCUUCAAGAUCAAGAUUCGCCAUGACAACACCAUGAUCAGCCCGGACUGGUACCUGGACCAGGUGGAGGUGGUGGAUGUGGAAACGGAGGAGGUUUACCUGUUCUUGUGUGAACGCUGGCUGUCCAAAAAGAAAGAGGACAAAUGCAUCGAGCGGUUCUUCUACGUUAAGGGGUAUGAGGGAGAGAGAGAGAGUCUCCACAGCUCCAAGAAGAGUCUGAAGGGUUCCUCGAUGAGCAUGAAGAGUCUGGACAGCAACAUGAACAAGAAGAACAAGAAGAAGAAGGAUGAAGAGGUCAUUGAAGAUGGGCCUCUUAUCCCAUACCACUUCACUGUCGCCACCGGGGUGGAGCGCGACGCCAGCACCACAAGCCGCGUCUACGUCAUCAUCAUGGGGACAGACCAGGUCGAGACAGACCGGCUUUGGCUGGACCUGCCAGAUGAGAAGAAGUGCUUUGCCACUGGCUCCCUCGAGAAGUUUGAGAUAUAUGGCCUCGAUGUCGGGGAGAUCAAGAAAGUUGAGCUGGGACACGAUGGAGCUACACCUGAGAGCUGCUGGCUGGUGGACGAGCUGUCUGUCGCCGUGCCUACCAAAGGGGUCAUGUACGUCUUCCAGUGUAAAUGCUGGCUGGCCAAAGACAGGGGGGAUGGGCUGACGGCACGGGUGUUCAACGUGCUGGAUGCAGACAGCGUCACCAUUGCCCAAAAGGUUAUCUGUCAGGCCACAGUUGUUACAGGGGAUGUUCAAAAUGCAGGGACAGACACCAAUAUCUACCUGUCUCUAUUUGGGGCCAAUGGGAGCACAGAGGAGAUCCUUCUGCAGAAGAAUGAAGACAGGUUUGAGAGGGGCCAGGAGGACACCUUCAAUCUGGAGAUAGACGACAUCGCUCCACUGAAGAAGAUGAGGGUUCGCAUUGAUGGGACUGGAAGCCGUCCUGAUUGGUUCCUGGACAAGGUCAUCUUGCGGAAUUUGACCACGGAGGAGGUGUCCGUGUUCACCUAUGAAGAUUGGUUGUCCAAGACCAAAGGGCCCAAGCGGACCCUGACUUGUGAGAUGGCUGCUGUGGUGGACGAUGAGGAAAUGGUGGAGAGAACGACCUAUAUCAUACAGGUCAAGACCAGUGAUGUCACAGGGGCUGGCACGGACGCCAACGUGUGCCUCAUCGUUUUCGGGGAGAACGGGGACACGGGCACCCUGGCGCUGAAGGAGUGCAGCAACACCAACAAGUUUGAGCGCAAGCAGACGGACGUGUUCCGCUUCCCCGACGUCCUGAGCCUGGGGGACCUGUCCAAAGUGAGGGUGUGGCACGACAAUACAGGUCCAGCUCCGGGCUGGCACCUGGAGCACAUCGAUGUGAAAGACGAGCUGCUGGACAAGACCUUCCGCUUCCCCUGCGACCGGUGGCUGGCCAAGAAUGAGGACGACGGUCAGAUCAUGCGGGAGCUGCCAUGUGCCAACAACGACUUCCUGGACCUCAACGAAAAGACGAAAUAUGAAAUAGUCGUCACAACGUCUGACAUGGAUGACGCAGAGACCAAGGAAAAUGUCUGGAUUAUACUUGAGGGGAGAAAGGGACGAUCAAAGGAAUUUGUAAUGGAGAAUUCAUCCAAGAAAAAGCGGUUCUUAAGGGGGAGCACUGAUAAAUUUGAGUUUUCCUCUAAAACCUUGGGUGACAUUGCGGGCAUCUGCCUUGGGCACACUCCAAAGGAUGGUAAAAAGGUGAAGAGCGAGGCCUACUGGCACGUGGAGGAGGUCAUCAUCACAGAGAAAGAGCUGGGAAACAAGUUUAUUUUCCAGUGCAACGCACAGAUCCCACUGUCGGCCAAGAGGGAUGAGUUCAGGACCUUUGAGUGCACCAAGGCCAUAGAGAGCUUUGCCAGUAAGGCCCGCAGCCUGGUGCCAGUCAAGUACGAGAUCAUCGUGAUAACGGCCGACGAGAAGGGCGCGGGCACCGACGCCAACGUGUCCAUCACCAUACACGGGUCCAACGGCGACUCCGGCCAGCGGCCCCUGCGCCAGAAGUUCCGGAACCUGUUUGAGCGGGGGCGCACCGACCGCUUCCUGCUGGAGAUGCUGGACAUGGGCGACCUGCUGAGCGUCCAGAUGGAGCACGACAACUCCGGCAUCAACCCCGGCUGGCUGCUGGACCGCGUGGAGGUCACCAACACCGCCAACGGGGUCACCACCAUCUUCCUGUGCGGGAAGUGGCUGGACAAAAAGCGGGCAGAUGGGCAGAUCAGGAGAGUCCUGUUUCCCAAAUACUAAAGGCGCCAGGCUUCCACCAUUACUGUUAUGGCCCAGUAAUUCACUUUUCGCUGGAGUUGAUGGGUGGUGUGACUCCAAACUGAUUCCUUUCCUCACCAUUUGAUUCCUGAAACUGAUUCCUUUUUUGAUUUUUGGUAUUAUUAAAGGCCAGGUUAUAUGAACAGUUUAAAACCUUUUUUUUAAUUUAAAUUUAUGUUCUGCUUUUUAUUCUGGAGAUAACAACUUGCAAAACUUGGCAAACUAAGCUGUAUCAGACACUGCCUCUCUCUCCAAAUCCCAUCAGUGAUCCUGUUAUAUCCUGUGAGCACACGUGGGAUGAAGAGUCUCUAAAGAGGAUGUGUGAAUCUAAGCAGCUCCUCAUGAAGCACUUUGUCCAUCGCAAGGCUAAUUAUUUGCCUAAAAUGACUGCGUGAGGGGAUGUUCCACUCCUAAGGUUUGGCCCACCCCUGGCUUCACCUCCCCUCUAUUAAUGUUUGCCAAACAUCCUUAAACAGGAGACACUCCAGCGGGUAGAAUUUCUCAUCGACUCAAAGCACAAGGCUAACAGCUACUGACAAAAUGGCACCUCUCUCGUGUUAUCGAUGUAUGGUGACUUCAAUGCGACAGGCAUAGCCUUUAUGUUUUGGAACAGGAGACUGCCAAAGGAGCGAGCCUUAAACAGUCAGACAAAGAAAAAAAUGCAGACUGACAAAAGACAGAUGUGACCUUGUGCACAUAGUCUCCGCUUAGGGUUAAGCUGGUACCAAGUACCACAGAUUCUCUCUCCCUGGGACUUCUUAACCACACAUACCUGAUGUGACCUGGGACCUUUAAACCUUACCACCAUAAGCAGCCUAGUAUUUCACAUUUGCACUAGAGGAUGUGCAUUUGAACAACACUUCCUGGCAGUGCUUUUCAAAAAGGUGAAAUGGGUUUUUUGCCUAGUAAUAACACUGUAGUCAUGUAGUAGGUUAUAUUUAGCUGAAAAUGUAUUUUUUGUUGCAUCUGAUUUUCCAGGAUACCCCUAAUUAUGGGGACUUGUCAGGGGACCCAAAAUGUCAGAAGGCUCAGCUUGGGAAAACUCCUCAUCAUUAUUCAAAGACAUUACUUAAACAGAAUUACAGCUAAUUAUGGAAUCUCAGGUUUUCCAGGCACUACAAAGGGGAAUUAUAUUGUAUAUAGGAUUACUUAGUUCUUAAAACUUUUGAAACACUGGGCAUAUGCCCUCGUGCCACCAAUUUCUUUUUUUUUUUUUUACAAAUGGUAAAUAUAGCUUCCAUUAAAAAUUUGAAGUGAUGCUGAUUUUAUUGAAUAUGAUUUUAUAUAAAAAUGAAAAGUCAGUUGCAAGAUUGUUGUAAGCCCCCCUACCUCAAUCACCUCUUUAGCACUGGUAAUUAUAUAUCUCAGGCAUGUACUGGACAUAUGAUUUAUUCAUUAAUUAUAAAGGUAUACACAUUCAAUGUUUUGUGUAGAUGAUUGAUGUUGAAAGAUGAAAUUAUACCUAAUAAUACCUAAUACCUAAUAAUAAUUUGGAAAAAAGAGGGGAAUAUAAUUUAUUGAUGUUUAUUGGUGUAAGUUUUUAGAAGAAGAAAUAUAUAUGUGUUUAUAGACAUCAUUGUAUGCUUAUUUUAUAUAAUGGGAAUCUUUUGUAUCAAUUUGUGUGGGUAAACCAGUUUGGGGCAGCUACAAUUGUUUUAACUUAUCUUAAAUCAGGCAUCGCAUGCAAUCUCUCAGGAGCUGACCUUAUGUCACCAGAAGUAGUUUAUGUUUCUAUUUGCAUUUAUCUCACCCAUGUUUUGCUUACUUUAAAAUUGUACUGUUCUCACAUACAAAUGAUUAAUUCACUAAUAACAAUUGCAGUUUCAGUUGUCUGUACUGAUGAGUGUUGGUGCCAUUAGAGCCGAUUGUUCUUAACACUCCAAGACGACAAAUUCUAAAGGAAAAUACAGUAGUACAGAAAACAGUAGAAGAAAAUGAUCCCCUGUAUAUCAGUAACAGAAAAGGUGACUUCAGUUUGAUGAAACAAUGAUCUGGUUUUGGUGAUAAAUCAGUGGUUAAAACAGUGUGUUGGCUUAUUGUGGCUAUUGUGUGUGUGUGUGUGUGUGUGUGCGUGUGUGUGUGUGUAUGUGCGCGCGCACGCACAUGCAAAUUGUAAGGAGGUAGCUUCUAGGUAGUAAUAUGACUAAUGCAGUUUGCACUGGCGACUGAAAAAUUACUACUGUUUAUUGACAUGCCCGUGUGACAAUACCACAUGCUAUAACUAUAAAUACUUACACUUAUAGAAAUUCUAAUUAUAUAAGAAGUUAUUUACUAAAUAUGACUACUCAAAAUACUACUUCUAUCCUAUGAAUAGCAAUGAGAGCAGUACUAAAGUUGUGUUCCUGAUUUAUUUCCGAAUUAGUUAACAGUUGAGUUUGAUUUCAAGAAUGUGCGAUUUUGUUAAUACAAAAAGUGUGCUUAUGAUUAUCUAGCAUAUUUCCGUUAUAUGCACCUAUGAUGUGUUCCAAUUUCUGCGGCUGAAUUUUGUUUUUUUAGAAUAUGAAGUGGAAACUAUUCACGUAAAGACGUGUUAGCUAUUUGAAUGGUAAUGGAAAAUGUUUACUAAAUUCACGGUUCAACAUAUAAGGGAAGCUAGGCAGCUUGAAAAGCUAUUUAGAAACUGUAUUUAUUUUCAAUGAUGGAGAACUGUAUUCGCUUUUAAAACAGGAGAUGGUAAUCUACAUCAUGUCAUUGUACAAACCAAAGAUUCCUCACAAUUUAUUUGAUGUCUGUCUUUAUCUAUUGCCUUUACCUAUCUCCAAACCUAUUGCUAUUCAUGAGAUAUAUUCCCUUUAAGUCAAGGUGUGGAUGAAAAGAUGAUGAAAAAGAAUGUUUUGAUUGGUUUGAUUUAAUUUUACAUUCAGAUUGUAGUAAAUGGAUUGCUUUAGCCACAUCUCUGCUUUUAAAGACAGUGCCACCUAAGUGUGCCUGAUGGGUUUUUCCGGCAUUCCAAUGAAACAGAGUCUAUCAAUCUUAAUGAAGGAGUUUUCUCACUACCGAAAGAAGACUGUUUUGCACUUAUCUCCCCUACGCCCAACAGUGAAAGUGCCUACUUCCUACUUCUUACAUUUUAACAUUUACUCUUAAUUGAUAGUGCCAAUAAUGGGAAUAAAAUGCAUGACAUAAUGACUGGCAAUUAUUUCCUUAUGGUCUUUGCUGCAGUAAAAAAAAAGGCAAGAACUCAAUCUCCAAUUCACAUCAUCAGGCACAGAAAUUAAGUACUUGUUCAGUUAAUGGUCACAUUUACACAUUUCCCCCAUUUGUCACAAAUUGAGUGAAAGAAAGGAUUUGUAUUUUGCCAUUUAAAUGAAAUUCAAACCAGUGAAUGAAACAGAACCUUUCAAUAUUUCAGAGUGAUGGAGAUGUACUGUAGGAUCUGGUCUGUUUCUGCACACAAAAGGCUGGCACAAGACAAUGAGACAGCAGACAGAGGAGGCCAUGUGUCAAUCAGAUUUUUAUGCGAAAUGUUCCUCUCUCUCCGUCUUGCAGCUUUAGAAAUGAAAGCCAUCGCUUAUUUUGUUUUUGGCUCCCCCGCUGAGCAGUUUCUUUACAAAGCCUCCUUCUGAAAUUGGAACAAGAGUGGUUUACUGGGCUGCAGCUUGUGUGGAGAGUGCCACAUUCUACUGUUCAAAACAAAGUUUUUCUGCUUCUCAUUUGUCCUCUUAAGACUUGGUCUGGUCUGAUGAAUUACAGACAGAGUUACAUCUUGAGAGAGCCUUGUGCCAUCUUUGGAAUCAGCUCUUUUGUCAUGUCUGUGCUUGAACUAAAUUUUCUUGGGCAGUAGCUAAAGGAGAAAAAGCUGGAUAACAUUGGAUGAAUAAACAAAUUUGGCAAUCCUUUUCUGCAAUUAAAAACUGUCCUUUCUA